CGUCUUUUGAAGCCCUGCAGGCUCACAAUGCAGCCGCUGCUCCGUGCGGUGGGUUUGCGUGAAGCGCAGCUUGUGCAAGGAGCGGCUCUCCGCUGCCACCGCUGCCACCGCGGACACGGCACCCCCAGGGAGACUCUGCCAUGUCCCAUCCCGACCACUCAGGCUCCACGCUGAACUUCAUGGAUCAAAACCGGACCCUGAAUCUCGGAGCAACGCCAAGUCUAGUCAUGGGAAACCCAGGCAACGACAGCACCCAGAGAAACGAGAGUGACCCGUUUGGGAGAAACGAAGAAGUGGCCAAAAUAGAGAUCACGGUGCUGUCAGUCACUUUCGUCGUUACAGUUAUAGGGAAUGUAAGCGUCUUGUUAGCAAUGUACAACACAAAGAAGAAGAUGUCACGGAUGCACCUCUUCAUCAAACACCUAAGUCUGGCCGAUUUGGUGGUUGCCUUUUUCCAGGUCUUACCCCAACUCUGCUGGGAGAUCACCUUUCGCUUUUACGGACCAGACUUCUUAUGCAGGAUCGUCAAGCACCUGCAGGUUCUCGGCAUGUUCGCCUCCACUUACAUGAUGGUGAUGAUGACCCUGGACCGCUACAUCGCGAUAUGUCACCCUCUUAAGACCCUCCAGCAGCCCACGCGAAGGUCCAACAUUAUGAUCAUCAGCACAUGGAUAUGCAGUCUUGUCCUCAGCACUCCGCAAUACUUCAUAUUCUCUUUAAGCGAGAUCAAAAACGGCUCUGAAGUGUAUGAUUGCUGGGGUCACUUCAUUGAACCCUGGGGUGUCAAGGCGUAUAUUACAUGGAUUACAAUAGGCAUCUUUCUCAUACCGGUAUCCAUCCUGGUGAUCUGUUAUGGGUUCAUCUGCCACAGCAUUUGGAAGAACAUCAAAUACAAAACUAAAAAGAAAAGACUGGAAACAUGCCCCAAAGGCGUUAUCGGCAGGUCUUCCGUCAGCAGCGUCACCACUAUAUCCAGGGCCAAGCUGAGGACAGUGAAGAUGACUUUUGUCAUCGUUCUUGCUUACGUAGUUUGCUGGGCUCCUUUUUUCAUCGUCCAGAUGUGGUCGGUUUGGGAUGUGAAUUUUUUAUGGGACGACUCCGAGAACACCGCGGUUACGUUAUCGGCGCUGCUCGCCAGUCUGAACAGCUGCUGCAACCCCUGGAUUUACAUGAUCUUCAGCGGCCACCUCUUGCAGGAUUUCGCGCACUGUUUUCCGUGCUUCAGUAAACCACAACACAGUAACAAGAAAGAGGAUUCGGAUAGCAGCAUCAGGAGAACUACGAUCCUAACCAGGAUCCCCAACAGAAGCCCAACGUGCAGUUCAGCCACCUGCAAAGACUUGGACGUUAUACCCGGAUCGAGUAGGUCAGUCCCGCUGGCCUCAUAGGUGACUCACCAUCCGUGUUUAUUUAUUUUCAAAUGCAUAAUAAUCGAAUUGACAUGGUGUCGGAAACACAUUUACGAAUGUAUUGAAAAUAUUGUGUCGUGUUUUGUGUUUUUAUAAUGUCCAUGGGUGCGAUUUUAAUAUAUACUUAAUAUAUAUCAGUCUUUCAUCAAAAUACAAAGUGCCAUAUAGAAACAUACGUCAGACCAAUACACAAAAACAUUGACUUUGAAAUUAGAAUUAAAUAAGAAGGCUACUGCUCCACCCACGAAAGUUGUUUGCAUAGUAUUGACUGACAACAUUAAUUAACGCCAAUAACAUUUGAUUUAGGUCAAACUGACACGAAUCAGUGACUGACAGCUUGUUUUAAUGAAAUCAUUUAAAAUGUCUAAUUAAGAAUAAGAACAAAAUAAUUAUAUCACAAUACAAUUGGCCGUAAAUCUAACAUCCGACAUCCCUCUAGUCGAAUUUUUCUAACGUGUUGCAGUAAAUUAUUGGACUAAACUCUCAACAAACAUAGUAAUGCACUUUUUACUGUAAGAGUGUCAGAAUGUAUACGAUUUGCCAAACUACUAUGCUUAAUCCUUAUACAGCGUUUAAACAUUCCCAGUAGUCCUAGCGAUUAUGGAACAAAUUGCAAUACAUAACUGUUAUUGUUAUUAGUCGUAUUUACUUACUGCUUGGCUGGCUUUGUGUACGUGGCCCUGUGCUUUACUGGUUCAUAGGCCUAUUUACAAUCUUGCAAAAACGAUAGUACGUUUUUAAGCAGGCAGGCUUUUUUCAUGCGUAUAUUUUACAGUCCGACGAAUCACAGUUACAUGUAAAUCCAGAUAUGACGUAUCUGGAUAAAUCAGAUACGUCAUAAUACACGAGGAAGUUUAUCUGUAAUCGGCUUUGUGUGUGAGGUGUAAGGAUACGUCUUUCAUCACGAUAGUUUAUACCUCACCUCGUCUCAAUGUGCUCAGCUGCCGAAGCGUCUUUCCCGCGCACAGAUCUGCAUAAAGCAGCCAUUAAACGUAGGCCCACAUAGUGGAGAAGCUGUUUUUUUUGUUCUCAUCGAAGAUGUAGAAGAUUAAAAAGGUUACCAGCUUAAGGCUGUUGACAAUCAUUAAUUUCGCGAGAAUGAAUUUGUCGUGACUCAUAUUUAAAUUCUUGCGUCAAACCACUUAAAUUCCUCAAAUACGUAUUACAGUGAAAGACAGAUUUCCAAAACUGUAUAUACUCUACACGAAAUGGAAUCUUAUCGUGUGUUGGUAUAUGUCAUAAGUUAUGAAUACUUUGUAAUACUAUGUGAUCUGUUUUUUUUUGUAAACUUGUAAAUAUCUUGCAAAUCAAACGACUAUCCAAUAAAAUGAUUAAACAAUA